CUCCAUAAACAGUGCCGUGGAGCUCGAGGUCGAGAUUCAUCACCAACCUCUUUUCGAGUUGUUUCUACUCCUCGCCUUUCUCUCCCUAUUUGUCUUGGGGGUUUGACUAUGCGAAUGCAGUAGCUGCCUACAUCGCCCUCUCCUGCUGCUACUGUGUCCUCCCUCCCUCUCCACCCCCCAAUUACAACACCCCAACUCCGACGAGCUUAAGAGAUCGCGAGCACAAUCCGCUGGUGCAAUCCCAGCACCUGGGCAAAAUGAGUUAUAUGAAGAAAGACGAAGAUGCGGAUCAGGUCAUGAUCAAGCUUGACCGGACCUCCGUUUUCCAAGAUGCUCGACUGUUCAAUUCCUCCCCGAUCUCGCCGCGGACAUGCCGUACCCUCCUGACCAAGAUUGCGGUCCUCAUGUUCACUGGGGAGCAGUUUCCCACGAACGAAGCCACCACCCUUUUCUUUGGCAUCUCGAAGCUGUUCCAGAACAAGGAUCCCUCGUUGCGACAGAUGGUGUAUCUCAUCCUGAAGGAGCUGGCCAAUACCGCGGAAGACGUGAUUAUGUCGACCAGUAUCAUCAUGAAGGACGUUGCGGUCGGCAGCGACGUUCUUUACCGGGCGAAUGCUAUUCGUGCCCUGUGCCGCAUCAUUGAUGCAUCGACGGUCCAGGGUAUCGAGCGAUUGAUCAAGACUGCCAUUGUCGACAAAACUCCCUCGGUUUCGUCAGCUGCUUUGGUCUCUUCUUAUCACCUUCUCCCCAUCGCGCGCGAUGUGGUUCGGAGGUGGCAGAGCGAAACCCAGGAGGCGGCCUCAUCAUCAAAGCAAUCCUCCGGUUUCCUGGGCUUCGCGUCUAGCUCCCAGUCUCACGCUAUCUCCCAGUCGAACUUCAUGACUCAGUACCAUGCAAUUGGUCUCCUGUACCAGAUGCGUUCGCAUGACCGCAUGGCCUUGGUCAAGAUGGUGCAACAAUACGGUGCUGCUGGUGUGGUGAAGAGCCCCGCGGCUUUGGUGCUGUUGGUUCGCUUGGCAGCCAAGUUGGCAGAGGAAGAUCCCGGUCUCCGGAAACCCAUGAUGCAAAUGCUGGAUGGCUGGCUCCGUCACAAGCACGAAAUGGUCAACUUUGAGGCUGCUAAGGCAAUUUGCGAUAUGCGGGAUGUCACCGAUGCCGAGGCCUCGCAGGCAGUUCACGUCCUCCAGCUGUUCCUGUCCUCCCCGCGGUCUAUCACCAAGUUUGCCGCUAUUCGCAUUCUCCACAACUUCGCUUCCUUCAAGCCCCAUGUCGUUAACGUGUGCAACCCCGAUAUCGAGUCGCUCAUCUCCAACUCCAACCGUUCUAUCGCGACAUUUGCUAUCACUACGUUGCUGAAGACCGGAAACGAGGCUAGUGUCGACCGCCUGAUGAAGCAGAUUUCCGGCUUCAUGGCCGAUAUCACCGACGAGUUCAAGAUCACAAUUGUCGAGGCUAUUCGCACGUUGUGCCUGAAGUUCCCAAGCAAGCAGGCGGGUAUGCUAACCUUCCUGAGCGGCAUCUUGCGCGACGAGGGUGGUUACGAGUUCAAGCGCACGGUCGUUGAGAGCAUGUUCGACCUGAUCAAGUUCGUUCCCGAAAGCAAGGAAGAUGCUCUUGCCCACCUCUGUGAGUUCAUUGAGGACUGUGAGUUCACCAAGCUCUCCGUCCGCGUCCUGCAUCUGCUCGGUGUCGAGGGCCCCAAGACCUCGCACCCCACCAAGUACAUCCGUUAUAUCUACAACCGAGUCGUUCUGGAGAACGCCAUUGUCCGUGCUGCCGCUGUUACUGCGCUGGCCAAGUUUGGUGUUGGCCAGAAGGACCCCGAAGUCAAGUCUAGUGUCCAGGUUCUGCUCACUCGUUGUGUCGAUGACACUGAUGAUGAGGUUCGCGAUCGUGCUGCCCUGAACCUGCGUCUAAUGAGCGCUGAGGAUGAGACUGCUUCCGCUUUCAUCAAGAAUGACUCGAUGUACUCCCUCUCCACUUUCGAGCACCAGCUCGUCAUGUACGUUACCUCGAACGACAAGCAGACCUUUGCCGCCGCCUUCGAUGUUUCGACCGUCCCCGUUGUCUCCCAUGAGCAGGCCUUGGCUGAGGAGCGUACUAAGAAGCUCACUACCGCCACCCCUACACUCAAGGCCCCAUCCGCAGGCCCUCCCAAGGGCAAGGCCAACGGUGUCGCCGAGGCCGCUACUGCCGCCGCUACUCAGAAGUAUGCGGAGCAGCUCAUGCAACACCCCGAUAUCAAGGAAUACGGUGCCUUGCUCAAGUCAUCCGUGCCUGUUGAGCUUACUGAGAGCGAGACCGAGUACGUCGUUACCGCUGUCAAGCACGUCUUCAAGGAGAACAUUGUCGUGCAAUACGAUAUCAAGAACACCCUGCCCGAUACCGUCCUUGAGAAUGUGACUGUGAUCGCUUCACCAUCAGAGGACGAGGUGCUGGAGGACGAUUUCAUUAUCCCAGCCCCGAAACUCUCACCCAACGAGCCCGGCGUUGUCUACGUUGCUUUCAAGAAACUGGGUGGCGAGCACAGCGUUCCUAUUACCUCAUUUACCAAUAUCCUCAAAUUCACUAGCAAAGAGAUUGACCCUACGUCUGGAGAGCCAGAAGAGAGUGGUUAUGAUGAUGAGUAUCAGGUUGAGGAUCUCGAGCUCAGCGGCAGCGACUACGUUAUUCCCACUUUCGCCGGUAGCUUCGAUCAUGUAUGGGAGCAGACCGGUGCGAAUGGCGAGGAAGAGAGCGAGACUCUGCAACUAAGCAACAUGAAGAGCAUUGCCGAUGCCACCGAGCAACUCAUCUCAGCUCUGUCUCUUCAACCACUGGAGGGCACCGACGUCGCCCUCAACAACAGCACCCACACACUCAAGCUCUUCGGUAAAACUGUGUCUGGUGGCCGCGUUGCCUCUCUUAUCAAGAUGGCCUACUCAAGCAAGAGCGGCGUCACGACCAAGAUCACUAUGCGGGCAGAAGAGGAGGGUGUUGCUGCUGCGGUGAUUGCAUCUGUCACUUAAUGUCUUCUUUUAAACCUAUUUCCCUUCCUGUUUUUCCUCCCCCCGCUUUUUAUAUCAAAUUGUAGUAGACGUGAGGACUUUACUUUUGGUCCUACCCUCCCGCACACAAGUCUUCCACUCCUCCACCUCGUCAUGUUUCGCUGGUGCCUGCUGUUUCUUAAGCUUUCCAGGGCGAUCUCUUUUUCUGUUUUCUUUGCUGGUUGUGACGAGUCCCAUGAUGACUGCUACAAAACUUGGAGGACUUGGUCUGUCUGCUGUGGAGCCAGUU